AUGGCGACGGCGCUACCGGCACUGCUGAAGGCACUGCGACAGGCCGCGACGCCUCUCGAACUCGCCGGCGCUGUGGACCAUGCUGUCGAUCGCCUCAUCUCCACUGCUUCCCUCGCGGAAUCGCAAAAGCUGGUCUCUGGUCUUCGGCAGCACCGAUUGAGUGGAAACUUGUAUGAAAAGCUGCAACAGGCAGCUUCGAUCUGUACAGAGCCAUUGAGCAAGGCGGAGUACUUGGGGAUGAUGUUACUUCAGGAGAGUGUCUACCUGCUCGACGCAGUACCACUAUCCACCCAGCGCAGUGUGCUACUUAAGGUCUACAACGCAAAUAACACCGUGCUGCCCGGAUACUUGGCAGCUCUAACAACUAGCGAUGGACCUUUUUGUACCGCCAAGUUGGACGGUCGAAAAGCCAAGCAGACACUAGAAAUACUCUCGUCUGUCCUCAAGAGUGUCCUGAUUGGUACUUCGCAGAGGUCAGAGGGACACAAAGCUGCAGUGCUGCACGCUAUGGCUCGCGUCGCUUGGCACGUCAAUGAACACGAUGAAGACGACGACCAUGAGCUUGUGCAGACAUCUGUGGUUUACACUCUCGUGCAGGCACUGGAGCUCGUCCCAUACACGCAGCUGUCACAACCGACCUACGGGAUUCAUGUAAAGCUGCUAAUUGAUCUGCUGAGUUCGCUAGCAGCUCACGGUACGAAGCUUGUGACACUAGCGAUCAGAACGGCACACUUUGUGCUACAGUCGACGCAGCUCUUGAUCAGGAGAAACGUGGGUGCCGUGACUCUAUUGCAGUCACUGGAGCAGCUGUCUAGAGCUGUGCCUGAGGCUUUCUGGUGCUCUGUUUUUCUGACGUCGGCUGCGCAUUUCCUUGUGGAGUGCUGCGAAACGUUGCUAGAGCAGCAAUUGGUGCUGCGCGUGCUACGGCAAACACUCACAUAUGGACGUGAGGUCAUUGCUGGCAGCCGCAGCGUAUACGUUGAAAUUCUCGUGCUGCCCUUGUCAUCGAUGAUUUCGGUCCAUGGCAGUGUUGUGUCCGAGCUGCUUCAAAUCAUGGUGGACGUCAAGUCAAUGAGCGAGUAUAUUGGUAAAGACGACCUUGAGAGCGGUGUCCACCUUACGGAGACAGCAACCCAUGCUCGUUCGGCCAUCCGAUUGAUUUGCGACGAAGAUUCGUGCCAACGUUGGUUGAGCUCCUUGUUUAUGUCGAAGGGCGCUGUAUCUUCCCGCAGCACUGCGGACAAAUGGCUAGCACUAUUGGUGGUGGCGUUGCUGUCUGAUGAACGGUCUGCUUUUCGAGACAGCGCUGCUAAGUGUUUGGAGCGUCAAGUGCACAAUAGUCCAAAGUUCUGGGGCGCCGUUACUGUAAAAUCACUGGUGCCAAGUUUGGUAUUUCUGGUUUCUCAGCGACCGUCUAAAAAAGCGAACAAGGCGUUGACGCGUGGCUUCGCCGAGUGGAUGAUCUCGUGCUUGUAUUGUUUGGCAGCGCUUGCAGCUUCAACGACCGACACUAUGCGUAUUGUGCUUCGUCUUAUCGACAGCAUGAAUGGCACGGCAAAAAUGAGAUCCAUCGCACUCAAGUGCAUGUUUGAAGUGUGGCGAAACGAGCCCCGUGUGUUUCCACGAUUGGAGACAAUGUUACUUGAACCGACUUCUCCAGUCGAAGAUGUCGAUCAUCAUAUUGUAAGGAUGGCAACUAUAAAAGCGCUGUGCGAGAAGGACCCAGAGCUGGGCGUGCAGUUCAUCUCGUCCAUUCAGGCAUUCCUUGAAGAUGAGCUGAAGUCUGUUGUUGCAAUGGCCAUGGACGCCAUUACUGCAUUGUGCAGCGAAGACUGUUUGGACUUCUACAUUGCGUUUAAGAUCAUUGCGCAGAAGAUACGCGAGAACAAGAUAACGUGUGCAGAGGAACCGCUAUUCCAAGAGCGCUUGUGCUGUUUUUACGCAAUUGGUGGUGUUGAUAGUGCUGCAAGUGAAAAAGACGCUUUGAAGCUACUUAACCAGGCUCGGAAGUUUACGUCCAGUGAAUGCGCGGACGUUCGAAAGUGUGCCUAUGGUGCGCUGCGCCAGUUUCCUCUAAACUUAUUAGGGCUUUGCGUGAUGGUUGAUGAUAGUGCGGAACACAACGAAGAUGAAACGACGAAAGAAGAAGUCGAGGAGCGGUUGGAUGAUUUGUUGGCGCGUCUGUGCAACGAGAAGGAUCCAGCCGUCCGCGUUGAGAUUGAGAAGCUGGCUGCAAAAGUGGUUGAGCACGAAAGUACGAAGCUUACCGCAAAUGUUAGUCGUGGACAGCGAGCGGUGUCUGCAGUACAAGGGAUCCAGCGGCAGCAGCACGUAACGCCGAAAUUGACGUCGUUUGCGGCUGUUUCUGGUGCGGCUACCAAGGAGCUGAAAGCGCUGCUUCCUACAAGAAUGGAGGUAGAGAGCAUGUUUGUAAGGGAUUCUACUACGACUGACUGGAGUGGGUAUUUGUUGGCGUUCCAGCCGAAAGCGUUGGUCGACACGAAAAAUGUUCAUCGCAAAGACAAACUUGUACGCCUUGCCACGCAAAAUGUAAGCGAGUUAAAACAAACGGUCAGGACUGUAGUCCAGAGUAUGGAGCUGCCUUGGGCCUCAUCAAGCAUGUCUCCAGACUGUACUGGUAAGUACAAGGAAUUCUUGCUUAUUCAAUCUUUGAUGGAAGGAUGGCGAGGAUUUAUGGCGACGUUCAUAUAUUCUCUUGACGAACUGGCGAAGCUCAAGACUCCUACUAGCGUAGAUGAUGCCGAUGUUGCGUUCCGUGUGUUCUCGGAAGGUAUUGCCAGCUUGUUUGACUCGCUUUUGAAUGACGCAUCGAACAAGGAGGGAGGAGCCGUUGCGGCUGGUGCGCUGGCGGGAGAACUGUGUGAAACGAGGCAUUGGCAGAAUUCUCAUUUGCGCCUGAUGCACGAAGAAACAGUCAAGGAGUUGUCGCGUCGGCUUGCAUUGUCGAUCGAACAGACUCGCGUAUUCUUGACCGUCGACAAAGACACCAGCUUUUCGUGUAUCGGUGCUUUAGUUGCUCUGCAGCUCUCACUUGGCCAUCGAAGGAUCGACACAGUGGAUGGCUGCAGCAACUAUUGCAUCCAAUUGGAUGAGAUCGAAAAAAUGUUUACCGAAAUUUACCAAAACGAUUCGGAUGACUUGUCAAGUUGCUGGGCUUUACUCGGCCUGAGCCGAAUAGCUAGUCUAUAUACGGACGGCAACGAAAUCGAGGCGUUCGAGGUGACACAGUGGAGACACCAACAGGUCAAGCCGAUUGCUGAACUUAUUCUCGAGUCGUUUCUUCGUAUCGACCAUGCAAAGCAGCCGAACAGGUCUUCGACCUGCCACGGAGACGCGGUAUUUCCACUCUCCGAAACAACAAGAGCACCCCUUCCUCUGGGCAUAAUCAUGUCGGACGUCAAUCACGCUGCGUCAUCCGGUGGUAUUUUAUUGCGAUGGGCAUCGUCAAUGGGUUUAGCGCGACUGUCAAUUGGCUUUGCGAAAAUGAAACGUCUAGACUGGCUGGCGAAUGUGCGAAGAGUGCUUUUAGCAGUGUGGGAAGAAAACGAGCCGGUAAAUCUUGCGGCCGUUGCAUUGGGACCCGUACUGCUGCAGAGCGUGCGUUAUAACGUGGUAUCCUCGUUGAGCUUGGAAAAGUUCGUGGUCACUUGCAACCGCCGAGCUGCGGAAGCUAGUGUUGACAACCUCGACUGCGGCUUUUUGAUCAUGGUAGUGGCAAACGUAUUGUGUCAAUUGCGUCAUUAUGGAGGCUUUCCUGACACUAUUCAGCACCAAACAAAGUUAGCAGUCAAGUAUGUCAAGCACGCUCUUGCGGGUGGAGGCAAGCCAGGUCAUGUAGGGCACUCAUUGAUGCUAUCCGGUAUCGCUAACUUCUUCCACCUCGCUUUCGGUAUUUCCGAAUCAUCGAUUGCAUCAACUUCGAGCGUUGAUACGAAUGUAGAGCUGGCACUCGAUUUUGAGUCAAUCGGAACGUUUGUGCAGCAUGUUCGAGACUCUGCGAAGAGCGGAGGCGACUGCACUUAUGCCAAAGUAGUGCUUGGUGCUAUUGCUCGCGCUGCUGAUGGUUUUUAUGUUUCCCAGAAAAAGAAGUCGUUUGAUGUAGAGAUUCGCACUCUUCCGCGAAACCUCUUGCUGGUAAAAACACUUGAGUGGCUGCAGCAAGUGAAUCAUUUGGGAGAAGACUUCCCCCACCAUAACGGUCCAACAACCGAGCCAAGCUCACGAGCUCGCUUAGCGGUGUCAUUGGUAGGUUGUCUGACAUCAGCAGGAGCUGUACUUCCGCUGAUGGACUACGCUCUGUUUUUGCACCGGAUCAUGCUGCGGCUAUGCUGUGCCGAUACGAGUGUGGCAUGCGUUCGAUUCGCCGCUACGCAAGGUAGCUGUGACAAACUCGUGGCUGGCGAGUUGCUAUCCGGCGACUGGUUUGGAAAUGCCGACAUGGCCGUUCAGGCUGAACUGAUGGCUUGGCUCUCAGCAGCAGCUGCCCGUAUUCCGACUGAUGUACUGAAGGCCUUACUGAUUACAACUUUCGACGCUCUCAAGGAAAUUUGGCGUCGUGAUGUCUCAAGUAGCCGCAGCGCUCUUCUCUUUGACAGCUGGACAUUCAUGCUACGCGAUGUCCUACAACCUACAGCUGACCGCACUCCAGGCGACUUCCUGGAAGUGGUGAACAAAUUUGUUCUUGAAAAAGUAGUGGCGGAGUUUCCUUUUGACGUGCAUGCCUCCUGUCAGGUGGAGCACUUUGCAGCCCGUGUUCUUUCAAAUCUUGACUACGGCGAGCGAAGCGUGAUUGACACAAUGUUGAAACCGGAAGUGGUGGGCUCUUCAGCUUGGAGUUGGUGGAGGAGUGGCAUCUUUGUCACUGAGCUUGCAAAGCUCAAUGUUUUUGUCGUGAGUAAGCGCGAGACAUCCUUGUUCUUUCAAUGGUUUUUGCGUCACGACUUUAUUGAGUGGACAGAUGAGCAUGACGUUGACAUGUACUUGUUGCCGCUCACCGCUAGGAUUGGCGAUCUCGUUGCGCGGCACACGGGACCUGGUGGUAAUGUGUCUUCGCUUCUUGACGUGAUCGACGCUUUUAGUCGAUGUGUGUCCACACUCGACUCUUGUAUCCAAUCAAACACCUUCAAACGCCGUGCGCUGUUUGCUCUUUUGGCAAGUGUUUUGUCCUGGAACUCAACGUUGAGCUACGAGAAACAUGUACUCGAAACGUUGCGACCUCGGACCGCUCACAAAAGUGAUGCCGCAGCAUUGCUGCCUUUCGGGCUCACCGCGUGCGCCGGUAGCGCGAAACAAGUCUCGACAAUUUGUGUGAGAAUGCUUGCGCUGUUGGGCCAGCUGACUCACAUGAAUGAGACCAAAGUCGUGGAAUACACCAAUGUAUUGCUUCUUUGUAGCCGGCAGAUGUACGUAACAGCGGACAGUUGGCAAAUGCCAAGCACGAUGCCUGGCGAGCUUAGAGAAAUGUGGAGUCUCGUUGACGGCACGAGCUGA